GACAUCUCCUCAUCUCCGGCAACCAUCGAUAAAAGCCUCCGGCGACAUCUCAUCAGCAAACAAAUCCAUUCUUCGCAGGCAGCAUCUCCAACUCCGACAAAGACCCAAUUUCGGAGGAAUUAUCGGAAGAAGUUUGGAAGGGAGGAAGAGAUGCCGGGGUUAACCUGUAACGCUUGCAAUAAGGAAUUUCAAGAUGAAAUUGAGCAGAAGCUCCAUUACAAAUCCGAAUGGCACCGUUACAACCUCAAGCGCAAGGUUGCUGGAGUUCCUGGCGUGACAGAAGAUCUAUAUUUAGCUAGACAGUCUGCACUUGCAGAAGAGAAGAAAAACUUAAAUGAAACUCCAAUGCUCUAUAGUUGUGGUCUUUGUGGCAAAAGUUAUAGAAGUUCCAAGGCACAUGCUCAGCAUCUAAAGUCUAAAAGUCACUCGCUACGAGCUUCCCAGGGAGUUGGAAAUCAUGAAGGUGCAAAUGCUAUUAUCAAACCUUUCCAACCGCGAGUUCCUAAUAAGCUUUCCCAAGACAAUGAGUUGGACGAUGAAGAAAGUGAAGAGAGUGAAUGGGAGGAGGUUGACCCAGAGGAAGACUUGAUGGGUGAGGCCACCGAUUCUCUGACGCAGCUAAAUAUGAAUGAGCAAAAUUCUAUGGAUGAGGAUGAAGGUAGCGAUCCAGAUCAGUUUUUGAAGGAGUUGGACCCAUCUUGUUGCUUUAUGUGUGACUUAGAGCAUGGUACAAUAGAAAGCUGCAUGGUUCACAUGCACAAGUGGCAUGGAUUUUAUAUACCUGAUGUUGAAUAUCUGAAGGACCCAAAAGGCCUGCUUACUUAUCUUGGCUUGAAGGUUAGAAGGGAUCAUAUGUGUCUAUAUUGCAAUGACAGAUGCCAUCCUUUUGGCAGUCUCGAAGCAGUUAGGAAGCACAUGGAAGCAAGAAGUCAUUGCAAAGUGCAUUAUGGUGAUGGAGGAGAUGAUGAGGAAGCAGAACUAGAAGAGUUUUACGAUUACAGCAGCAGUUACACUGACGCUGAUGGUAAGCAACUAGUUGUGGCAGAUGAUAGUCAAAACAGGAUUGAAUUUGGAAGUGGUGGAUCUGAGCUCAUAAUAACCCGGAGUAACAAAGGGGGAAUGUCAACAAGAGUACUUGGAUCAAGGGAAUUUCUACGAUACUACCGCCAGAAACCACGUCCAAUGCCUGCAACUGAUGUUGCUAUUACUGCUGCAUUAGCUUCACGGUAUAGGAGCAUGGGUCUGGCAACGGUGCAGUCAAGAGAGCAUAUUGUGAGGAUGAAGGUGUUGAAGGCCAUGAGUAGGUCUGGCGUGGAGGCUAUGCGUUCCAAGAUUGGCAUGAAGAGUAACGUCAUCCGCAACCUUCCCAAGAAUGUAACACAUUAGCGUUUCAGUAUGGUUUUACUGGUGAUACUACAAUGUUUUUCAGUUCUUAUACAUAGGAUGCUGCAAGACCACAUCGGUUGUGGCCUCAGUACUCUGAUGGUGUAGUGAUAUGUUGAAUGCUUAGGACAACCAAAAUGGAAUGCUUUUAUGAUGUUCUCCUCAUAAAGAGUUGGUAAAUUCACUAUUUGGAGUCCGAAACUGCCAUAAACAUCGUCGGAUAAAGCAUCUAAAGGCAAGAGCUGGAUAUCUUGCCAAUUUAGAUGCAGGAAUUUGAUUUGUGCCUUGUAUUUUUAUUUAAGAAAAUUCUAACUUGCAUGCCCCUGAUUUGGGCUAAACACAA